UCACUCAAAAAAGCAUCUCCGUGUCUACGUUGAUUUGAGAGCAUAAGCUUUCUCUUCCGCUCUAUCCGCAACAAAUACCACCACUUUCCAAGAGGCCUAGCCUCUGUAUAUAUAUAUAUAUAGCACCCCCUUCGUCAAAACCCUCUACAAUCAAAUCCCACAACCCCGCUAUGGCUCAACUUCAAUGUGAGCUCACCAUCAUUAAGCUGACAAACCUCUACAUUAUUGAUCUCCAACCUGGCAUGCUCUUCAUAAGGUACCGUGUCAACGCGGGAGGAGGGAGAAGGAUUCGGAUUGAUACUCGACAGAUUUCAAGCAAAAGCGCUCUGCGAUGGGAUGAGACGUCCUAUUUGGAGUGCAUGGUGCCCCCGGAGGCCAUGAAAAAGGUGGUAUGUGAGCAUAAUGUAGCGUUUGAGCUGAGGUGGAGGGGCGCUAAGCCGAUUUUUGGCUUCGCGUCCAAGCAGUCUAGGCUCUUGGGAAGGGCUGAGGUUGCUUGGGAGGGCAUACCGGUUGAGAGAAGUAUCGGUCUUGACCUAGAAAAGAAAUCAUUGAUGGAAGGAUCGAAGGCGCCUACGCUUGUAGUGAGGAUGGGGAUGAGGGUUAGGGUUCUGCAGUUGAGGGAGAAGAGGAGAGAUAAGCAUGAGGACAUGGGAGAGUGUAAGUGUGAGAGUUGUCGAUGGAUUGCGAGUGAGGAGGAUAUGUUUUUAGCUGCAACCUCAGCUACCAUGUUGGAUACAUGGUAGUCUGGUAAAUUUUUAAUUUUUCUUUUACAAUAUUAAGUGUUCGAAGUAAAGGGUUGAUACCAUGUGAUUGGUAUGACUUCUGUUGCUUCUUGGUGGGUUAAUUCUAGUUACAAUGUGUGGCUUUAAUUGUUGAAGACUGAUUUAAAGAUUUGAUAUUUUGCUGA